UGAGAGCCUCAGACAAGGCACAGCCUCCUCAGCUCUGAGAUGAGAAACCAAGUGACAAGAUAAUGGCUUUCCACUAAGGACAGAGGAACUAACCUUCCAAUCAAGAUCUCAGUGUUUUCCUGUGGUGUACAUAUUGAGAAAUGUUGGGUUAAAGGGCAGCUGGUAAGUAUCCCAAAUAUCCCCCCAGAAAAACUGUGACAAUUUAUAUUCCUGCAAAUGGUAUAAGAGAUUAAUUUUCCUGAAUGCUUUCCAGUAUCAAAAUUAUCAUUAAUAAAAUAAAAUAGUUGCUAUUUUAUUGUUUUAUUAAAUCUCAAUUUUCACUCACUAAGCACAACGCUAACUGCAGAAGUCCAAAUUGUUAUUAAAAAUUCAUGUCAAACUCUGAAACAUUAUUUAACAUAUGUCAGCUUUUCUUAUCGUCUUUCAACAAAAAGAAAAAAAGUCACGCCAUGUUAUAAUGUUAGCAAGGGAAGGGAAUUCAACAAUCAAUCACUCUGUUUUCCUGAGUAGACAGAAAAAGAAAUUGAAGUUUAGAGUCUGAACCUAAGGUUGCCCAGUUCUACUGGAAUAAAAACAAAAAGGUAUAGAUGAGAGAAGCACUCUUCAUAGCAACUGUGUUUCUCAACCACAAAACUGACAUACAUCUUCAAGCCUCAAACACCUUAUGGGCGUGAUAGGCUGGAUUUUUCACCAGCAAGUGCAGGUUCAACUUAUACAGACUGCUACCGGGGCUGCUCUUGUCCACAACACAAUAGAAGUCAUAGGGAAAAAAAAAAAGAAGUCAUAGGAAAUGAUGACAACUAGGACAUGUGUCACAGGAAGUGAUUGGAAAACAACAAGAUGAAUAGGAGCUGCUGAAACCACCGCUGAAAGAGUGAUGCUAGGGAGAAAAUGAGGGUGACAGUAAUCAAUUCAGAGGGCUUCAGAUCAAACUUUGCUCAACAUCUAUGUAUUGGACAUCUGCUCUUCCUUCUGACUUCCUUAGAAUAGGCGCAGCUUCCGCUUCCGCUGGGGCCAUCCCUAGCGGUAGAGAUGGCGGCGACAGCAACGGAGGCCGCGUCCUCGGCCUCUGGAGAACCGCGGGAAGAGGCUGAAGGCCCUGGCCCCGCCUGGGAUGAGUCCCAGCUGCGCAGUUACACUUUCCCGACCCGGUCCAUCCCGCGUCUGAGUCAAAGCGACCCCCGGGCGGAGGAGCUUAUCGAGAAUGAGGAGCCUGUGGUGCUGACUGACACAAAUCUUGUGUAUCCUGCACUAAAAUGGGACCUUGAAUACCUGCAAGAAAAUAUUGGCAACGGUGAUUUCUCCGUGUACAGUGCCAGCACCCACAAGUUCUUGUACUAUGAUGAGAAGAAGAUGGCUAAUUUCCAGAACUUUAAGCCAAGGUCCAACAGGGAAGAAAUGAAAUUCUAUGAGUUUGUCGAGAAACUGCAGGAUAUACAGCAGCGAGGAGGUGAAGAGAGGUUGUAUCUACAGCAAACACUCAAUGAUACUGUCGGCAGGAAGAUUGUCAUGGACUUCUUGGGUUUUAACUGGAACUGGAUUAAUAAGCAACAGGGAAAGCGUGGCUGGGGUCAGCUGACCUCUAAUCUGCUGCUUAUUGGCAUGGAAGGAAAUGUGACACCUGCUCACUAUGAUGAGCAACAGAACUUCUUUGCUCAGAUAAAAGGCUAUAAGCGAUGCAUUUUGUUCCCUCCGGAUCAGUUUGAGUGCCUCUACCCGUAUCCUGUUCAUCAUCCCUGUGACAGACAGAGCCAGGUGGACUUUGACAAUCCUGACUACGAGAGGUUUCCCAAUUUCCAGAACGUGGUUGGUUACGAAACAGUGGUUGGCCCCGGUGAUGUUCUUUACAUCCCAAUGUACUGGUGGCAUCACAUAGAGUCAUUACUAAAUGGGGGGAUAACCAUCACUGUGAACUUCUGGUAUAAGGGGGCCCCGACUCCUAAGAGGAUUGAAUAUCCUCUCAAAGCCCAUCAGAAAGUGGCCAUCAUGAGGAACAUUGAGAAGAUGCUUGGAGAGGCCUUGGGGAACCCACAAGAGGUGGGGCCCUUGUUGAACACAAUGAUCAAGGGCAGAUACAACUAGCCUGCCAGGAGUCAAGGCCUCCUGCCAGGUGACUGCUAGCCCGUCCACACCGCUUCAUUGAUGAGGACAGGAGACUCCAAGCGCUAGUAUUGCACGCUGCACUUAAUGGACUGGACUCUUGCCAUGGCCCUGGAGGCAGGUGUUUGGGGCAAGGCAGGGUGGUUGGCACUCCACUCCCGUUCGGAGGGACUUCUUACCCUUGCCUCUGUGCCCCAGCACCUUCCCUCUCUGCCCCCUAAAGUCCUGCAUUCAGUGUGUGGAGUCCCCAGCUUCUGGUUGUCAUCAUGUCUGUGUUAGCCUGUCAACCUCGGGGUGUGUGUGCGUGUGUGUGCCUGCACACGCGUGUAUGUGUUUGUUCUUGCUCCCUCCUUCUGGGUCAGGGUGCCACUUCUGGCUCUCGGCUCUGUCUCCUGGAACCUCAGUGCCUCAGCCUGAGAGAGAGGAGAUGCUCUCGGAUGCCCCCACAUCUGGGCUACAGGGCCACAGCUGUCCUGUCUGUGAGGUCAGUCUGCCCCCUCCCAGUUUUCACAGAGUGAGGCUCUAGGCUGGUAGGAGUGCUACUGGGACUCUAAUGGGAGAGGGGGGGGGGGAGGCGUCCCUCUGAGAGCCUCAAUGGCUUCCUAGGAGAGCGCAUUAGGCAGGAUUCCAACUUGGACCUUCAAGCUCAAGCCAUACACAGAAAAGCGCCUUGGGACAAACGAACCAAGGAUUGUGCAGAACUUCCACAUUACAGGAGUUUUACAGACAACUUCUCUCUUCAGCACCAGCUCUUGCUCUCUGUCCUGAGUGCCAGGGGAGUCCUCUAGCAUUGGCUUCUGUAGGUUCUAAGGGUGCAAGCCUCUUGUGGAUGUGUGCGCAUGUGUGUCUACACUGGCCUGUCUCCCUGCUUACCAAGUUUCUACUGCUUAACCUUGUCCGAUGGAACAUACAGCGGGAGCUCCAAGGCAAUACUGCCUGACCUGGUCUAAAGCUUUUAAACUCAUUUUUAGCCAUUGGAUAAUGGUCAGGCCUCACUGCAACAACCUGCCUGAGACUGGCUAGAGCCUCCAGGUCCUAUGACCCUCCCCGCCCAGGCCAAGUCCUCUGCUAUGUCUGGAGUUUCCUGGCUCAAGUAGACUAAGUGGGGUCAAGCCGAGGCAGCUAACUCACCACCUGUCAUCCACCUCGUGGCAAGGGCAAAAAUGUGGCCUUGCCUCUUGAAGCCAGCACCUCUGCCAGACCCCACUGUAAUGUUCCACAAACACCCUCAAAAGUGAGGGCAACUGGUGGAGCAUGGAGUGGAAUUCCUUUUCUGUUCAUAGUUACUUGUGGGAACCCCUCUCAGGGCUGCAGCUAACAGCUGGGCCACUGGGCACUGCACAACUCAAAGGGCCGUCAUUCACACCUGUGUGGUGGAAGUGGGGCCCUUGGAGUUGGGCAGUGUGGUGGCCCUGCGUCCUGUCACCUCCACUCCCAUCUCCACGCCCCUUCUCUGGAAGGAAAAAGGAGUUGGAAGUCUCUGGGUUCAUUUUUUUUUUUGCCAAAGGUUUACUUCCAGUGUCUGAGCUGUGGCUCUCACCCCCAGAGCUCAGUUUAUAGUUACAGUGCACUGAUGGACUGAGAGGAUGCCGCGUGUGUGUGCAUGAGCGCACCUGUGUGUAUUUUGGGGUGGGGUGUUUAUUUUUAGUACCCCAUGCUGGGUUUCUCUGAUGCAGUGUGGGUGUUCAAACACGGUACCUUCUAAAAUGUAGUUCUUUCAAAUAUAGCCAAUGCUGGAAAAUGUGACCGCAGUGGUCUCCAUCCCUCCAUCUCUUUUGGGAAAAAGGAACACAGCAAAGAAAACAGGACAGAAGAAGGAUAAAUUGACCACAUUCACAUUUUGAAAUAUAGCACAUUCUUUUCAUUCUCCUCAGCAUGUCUGCAGCCUUCCUGGCUCAUUCCUCAAGGAUGUGGGUGAUGGCUUGGUCCUCUCAGCUGAUCUUCUCUGGGUGCUGUGCCCACCCGUGUCUGACUGAGGUGGAGGGGCCUUCACAGGUUGGGUCCUGAUCCUUGGGUAAUAUAACAGGAACCCCUGACUAUUAAGACACCUGAUAGUGGCAAGUGCUUUUGUCUUUGUUCCUCGCUAUCCUGCAAGGUAGGUAUUCUCAUUUUACAGCUCAAGAGUAAGUGAUUGGUGGCAAUCAGGAUUCAAACCUAGUACUAUUGGGCUACAAACCCCCUGUUGUGCUUCUCCAGCAAACUAUGUUGGUUUUCCUACCAUACCUCCUCUGAACUACAGGCCUUGCUCAGAUCUUACCCACUGGGCAGUAUCUAUUACAGACAGGCUUAGCCCAAAAGAAUACAGAAGAUACAGCUCAGGGUAAAAGCUCUCUGGGCUCCAGCAAACACUUCUUGGAGAAGAUGCCAGGAAGCCGUACUAUGGAGUUAAAAGAGUUCUGAAAUGAGUUACCGGAAAACAGUUCUGGAUCCCAUUGAUGACUUGUGUAUCCUUGAAUAGGUCCGGUCACUUCUCCCAGCAUGCUUGUGCGUCUGGAGUGUUGAAGAUCUAGGUCUGGAAAUUCACUGAGAACUGUGAUUCAUGUUCUGCUGCCUGCGUUUCCCCUGAUGAAAAGAUUGAGGCCCUUCCCUUCACAUAGCUAGGCUAGGGCUGUUCAGGCACAAAUUCUGCUCGUUGCAGAGGAACCGUCUCUGCCCUGUUGCUUACACCUAUCCUAACUAGCAACAUGAGGGCAGACAAGAGGGAAAGGUGGGGGUUUGGGCCUGUAUAGAGGUCAGCCAUGUUGCAUGCUCCUAUUUUUACACCAGCAGGUACAGAGGAAACCACUCUCUUGUGAAGUCUAAUAUUUGUUGGGGGGUUGGAGUUGGGGUAUGGAGGAGGGGCUGUUCUGGGCAUCAGUUGAGCAGAUGCCCAGGAUGCCUGGGGGAGACCAGCUUCUCCUACAAAUCAGAGCUCUAAAUUACAAGGUUUUAACCAACGCGAACAGUUGGGAGAAGUCGUCUGCUCUCAUUUGCGUAAUGGUUUCUGUCACUGGUGAUUAGACACAGGAUGAAGGAAAAGAAAUUUGACAAUUAGGAAUGAGCAAUCAUUAAUCUGAAUCUGUUAGGAGACAGAGGGGAAGGAUCCUUAUCAAUGGGCCAACCCAAUGUGAGGAUACCCUCCCUCUGUCCCCCAGAGACUCUUGGGCCACAUACCCUUUCAUUGUUUUCUUCAUAGGCUGAGCUGUUAUUUCUUAACAAAGGUUGGGUGGUCCCAGUCCCCAGGCUGCGGUAGAUUCAGGAACA